AUGGAAGUUCACCCUUCCCUGUGCUGGCUUACUUUCCCUCCUUGCUAUCCGUCUUCCCCUCCCCACUAUCCGUCUUCCCUCCCCCGUUUCUGUCUUCCCCUCCCCCCUGUCUGUCUUCCCUCCCCUCUAUCUGUCUUAUCUCCCCUCUUUUCGUCUUCGCCUCCCCCUUAUCCGUCUUCGCUUCCCCUUAACCGUCAUCCGUUCCCCCUAUCUGUCUUCGCUCCCCCCUAUCCGUCUUCCCCUCCCCCCUAUCCGUCUUCCCCUCCCCCCAAUCCGUCUAUCCUCCUCCCUAUCCGUCUAUCCUCCUCCCUAUCCGUCUAUCCUCCUCCCUAUCCGUCUAUCCUCCUCCCUAUCCGUCUAUCCUCCUCCCUAUCCGUCUAUCCCUCCCCCAUAUCUGUCUUUCCCUCCCUCUAUCCGUCUUCCCUAUCCGUUCUCCGCUCCCCCCUAUCUGUGCUCCCCUCCUCUUUUUCUUCUUCCCCUUCCCCAUCCCCUACAUACACACAUGGCCGACACACACCUCCUCUUCCUCCUCCUCGGACUCUCUUCCUCAAGCUCUGCGCCUUCGUCCCUCUCGCCCUACAUCACGCCAGCCAUCGCGCCCUUCCUCCCGGCGUGGCAGCAGCAGUGGGAAGCAGUGCAAGCCGGACUCUUUUCCUCAAGCUCUGCACCUUCCUCUGGUCACACCUCUCGCCCUACAUCACGCCAGCCAUCGCGCCCUUCCUCCCGGCGUGGCAGCAGCAGUGGGAAGCAGUGCAAGCCGGACUCUUUUCCUCAAGCUCUGCACCUUCCUCUGGUCACACCUCUCGCCCUACAUCACGCCAGCCAUCGCGCCCUUCCUCCCGGCGUGGCAGCAGCAGUGGGAAGCAGUGCAAGCCUGACUCUUUUCCUCAAGCUCUGCGCCUUCCUCUGGUCACACCUCUCGCCCUACAUCACGCCAGCCAUCGCGCCCUUCCUCCCGGCGUGGCAGCAGCAGUGGGAAGCAGUGCAAGCCGGACUCUUUUCCUCAAGCUCUGCACCUUCCUCUGGUCACACCUCUCGCCCUACAUCACGCCAGCCAUCGCGCCCUUCCUCCCGGCGUGGCAGCAGCAGUGGGAAGCAGUGCAAGCCGUGCUCAUGGACCCCUGCUCGCAGCACGCCCUGAUGGCCGACACGCACCUCCUCUUCCUCCUCCUCGUCGCCCUCGCCUCCCUCGUGCGCGCCCUCCAGCCCGCCCCCCGCCUCGGUCCUGGCGUCACACCCGAGCAGCUGCAGCAGCAGCACUGGCUGCACCACCGGCGCCACGUACGCGUUUUAGAGGGGUCUCUGUACACGGUUACAGUGGUGCUGACCAUGCUGGUAGGGCUGGCGAAUCUGGUGGUUUCCCUGUGGUAUGUCUGGCCGGGGUGGCGGCCGGAAUGGUCCGACUGUCCCAUAUUCGAAGAUCUGCUGCCGAUCGUGCAGUGUGUGGCGUGGUUCGGCAUGUCCUGGUCGGUCAUGGAGGAGAAAAGACAAGGUGCCACGUGGCACUUCUUCACUCUCCGCCUCUGGUGGACCUCGGUGUUUGUCCUGAAUUCCUGGAGCGUGAUCUACUCACUUGUGCAGAUGCACAAGGGGGUGCCUCUAUCAGUCGACGCAGCCCUUGGGAUCAUCGCCUGGCCCAUUUCAGCCUUUCUCUUCGCAGUCGCUUGCCAAAAGCCGCCGCCCGUUCACCACCCAAACGAACCUCUGACCGAAUCGCUUCUUUCCGGGCUGCCCGGAGUGGCCGAUCAGCCGACCGACCCGGGGGUCACCCCCUGGGAGCGGGCAGGCUGGUGGAACGUUCUCACCUUCCAGUGGAUCAACCCGCUGCUCGCCAAGGGGCACGAGAAACCUUUAGACCUGCCCGACAUUCCGUUCCUAGCAGAUUGGGAUACGGCGGAUGCUGCCCGAGAAGCUUUCUACCGCACAUGGGAUCGGAUCCGGCUCUACACGCCGCUCCAACAACCGUCCAUCACCUGGACCCUCUGGCUCACCUACUGGCGAAAGUUCCUGGCAAUUGCGUUCUGGGCAGGGCUGGAAACGGUGCUACUGUACAUAGGCCCGUCGCUGCUGGCGGAAUUCGUGAGGGUGGUUGGGGCGGACGUGCCUGUGCUGACUUUCGGGGGAGGAGGCGCUGCGGAAGUUUGUGCUGCUGGGGUUGCCGGUGAUGCUGGUGCUGGUGGUGGCAGCUGCAGCAGCAGCACUGGAACCUGGAAUGUUGAUCUGGCUGGGCCGUUAGCAGCUCUGGGAACGAGCCUGACUGGGGCCUUUGGCUUGACCGGACUGUUUGGCUCGGCUGCUUCUGCUGCUUCCGCUGUUUCUGCUGCUUCUGUUGCUUCCGCUGCUUCUGCUGCUGCUUCCAACCUCACCGCAACUGCCCAAACCAUCGCCUCCGCCACCUCUGCUACGGCGGUUGCUGCUGCCUCUUCUGCUGCAGCCUUCGUCACCCAAACAGCAGCAACCGCAGCAGCAGCAGCAGCAGUCCCAGCAGCCGCAGCAGCAGCAGCGGCACCAGCCCCAAGCCCGGGCGCGCCACCAGACGACCCGUGGGCGCAGUGGGAGGGGUACUGGCUGUGCGGGGUGCUGCUGGGGUGCAAGCUAAUAGAGACGGUCGCACAGCACCAGUUCUACUUCCGCUCUGAUAUACUCGGGAUGAACGUGCGGGCUGCGCUCACAGGGCACGUGUUUGACAAGGCGCUGAGGUUAAGCAAUGCCGCCCGCCACACGCACCCAAUGGGGGAGAUUGUGAACUACAUGGCACUGGAUGUGCAGAGAGUAGCGGACAUGAUGUUUCAGCUGAACAAUCUCUGGACGCUCCCUCUUCAGAUCGUGCUGGCGCUGCUGCUGCUGCACGCCACCGUGGGCCCCGCAGGCACGCUGGCAGGUGUGGCGACCAUGGUGCUCAUGAUGUGGGCACAGCUGCUGGUGGCGGGGCAGGCGAGGGAGUGCCAGAAGGAACGCACUGCUUGGCAGGACCUGAGGCUGAAAGCAACCACAGAGGCACUCAACAACAUGAAGGUGAUAAAGCUGCAUGCGUGGGAGGGGCGGUUCCUGGAGCAGAUAGAGGACUAUCGGGCGGAGGAGGCGGCAUGGCUAGCGCGCUACAACUACCUCAUGGCGGCCAACAUCGUCUUCCUCUGGAUGUCUCCUCUCCUCGUCGCCUCCGCCACAUUCGCUGCCUGCGUCGCCUUCGAGGAGCCUCUUUCCGCCGCCUCCAUUUUCACUGCCAUCGCCACCUUCCGGAUCCUCCAGGAGCCCCUCCGCUCGUUCCCAGAUGUCCUCUCCUCCAUCUCUCAAGCACUCGUGUCUCUCGAUCGCCUUGCCAGGUACCAGUCAGCGCAGGAGAUCGAGGUCACAGCAGUCUCAUGGCUCUCCCCAGAGGACACAGAGGACGCUGUCUUUGUCGACGGGGGCGCCUUCACAUGGGACCUGCCGCCCCCGCACCUGCAGCACAUGCACCGCCCCACGCUGCGGGGCAUAGGCAUGCAGAUAGGCCGCGGAGCAAGAGUGGCCAUCUGUGGGCCCGUGGGGUCAGGCAAGUCGAGCCUGCUCAGCUGCAUCCUGGGGGAGAUGCACAAGCUUUCUGGGAUUGUGCAAGUGGCGGGCACCAUAGCACAUGUGCCGCAGACCCCGUGGAUUCAGAACGGCACCAUCCGGGACAAUGUCACCUUCGGCCUGCAGAUGAACCGCGCCCUCUACGAGCGCGUGCUGCGCGUGUGCGCGCUCGCUGCUGACCUGGCAGUGCUGCCACGUGGCGACGAGACAGAGAUCGGGGAGCGUGGGAUCAACCUAUCGGGCGGGCAGAAGCAGCGUAUCCAGGUGGCGAGGGCCGUGUACCAUGAUGCCGACAUCUACCUCCUCGACGACCCCUUCUCCAGUGUUGACACCGCUACUGGCUCCUUGAUAUUCGAUGAAUGUGUGCUAGGUCUGCUGGGCGCAAAGACGGUUCUCUUCGUGACCAAUCAGCUUGAGUUCCUGCCCGCUGCUGACCUCAUCCUGUGCUCUGGCAAUGUCAUCUUUCACCUUGUGCACUCCACCACACUCCACCGCUCACCACUGCAUUCGGCUGCACUUCACGACAACCCACUCCCUCCGCCACAGGUGAUGCGGGAUGGGGAGAUAGUCCAAGCGGGGCAGUACGAGGAGCUGCAGCGCGCAGGCACAGACUUCUCCCUCCUGCUGGACGCCCACAACGACGCCAUGGGCUCCAUGGACCUCCCCCCUCCCAACCCCUUCCAACCCUCCCACACCUCCCACCACCACCCUCAACCGCAACGCGCCCCUUCCCUCGGGAACAUCCUGGCUGCCAACGGUGACGUGUUCUCACGGUUUGACAUGGACGAUCAAGAGUUGGCAACACUGCUACUGGGGCCCCAAGCCGGGGCUGACGGGCUCGGGCUAGCCUCAGGCGGAGGUUCGGGAGGGAUGGGAGGCCCGGGGAUGGGUGCGGGAGAUGGUUUGGGUGGUGGGGCGAGUGGGGUUGCUGCAGAUGGGUCGCUGGUGGGGGUGGUGGGCGGGGCGGGGGGGGUGGUGGUGGGGCCGAUGGCAGCGGUGGCAGCAGCGGUGGCGAGUGGAGCGGAGGACCGGCAGUUUGGACGGGUGAAUGCGGAGGUGUACCGGGCCUACCUUACACGGGCGUAUGGUGGAUCCAUGGUGCCCAUCAUUGUGGCUUCGCAGGUGCUUUUCCAGGUGCUACAGAUAGGCGCCAACUGGUGGCUAGCUCGUGAAGUCCAGCCCCUGCACCCAGCCGUCCUCACCUGGCCGGACGUCCGUGCCUACGCCUCCCUCGCCAUCGGCAGCGGCCUCUUUGUCAUCCUCCGCGCCUUUUUGUCGGUCCAUGUGGGGCUGAGGACAGCAGAUGGGUUCUUUCAGGACAUGCUGCACGCUGUGUUCCGCGCCCCCAUGGCCUUCUUUGACUCCACCCCCACUGGAAGGACUCUUGCUAGGGCAUCAGCGGACCAGAACGCGCUUGACUUGCAGCUCUUCUUCAACUUUGGCUCCGUGCUUAACAACCUCGUGCAGCUUCUGGGAAUCUUCCUCGUCACCGCUGCCGUCACCUGGCCGGUCAUCGUCGUCCUCAUCCCCCUCGCGCUGCUCUACGUGCCGCUGCAGCGCUACUACCUCUCCUCAUCACGAGAACUCACUCGAAUUGACGGGCUGACCAAGUCGCCCAUUCUCGCGCAUUUCUCCGAGACGCUCGCCGGGGCUGCAGUGAUCCGCGCAUUCGCCCAGGAGGAGCGGUUUGAGAUAGAGAAUGCAGAUGCAGUGGACAACAACAUGCGCGCCUACUUCCACUACUAUGGCGCCAUCUACUGGCUGGGGCUCCGACUGGAAACGAUUUCUGCGGUGGUGCUCGCGUUUGUGGCGUUCCUCUUGGUCCUCGUCCCCCAAGGCACCAUCGAACCUGGCCUAGCAGGUGUCUCACUCGCCUACGGUCUGACCCUCAACAUGGCACUAGUAAUGACCAUGUGGCAUCUCUCCAACCUUGAGAACAAGCUGGUAGCAGUGGAUCGAAUCCGCCAUUUCUCCGCCAUCCCCUCUGAGGCGCCCUUGAUUGUCGAAGGCAACCGGCCCUCUGCUGACUGGCCCAACCGCGGCUCCAUCAGCUUCGAGAACCUGCAGAUGCGUUACAGAGAAGCAAUGCCGCUCGUCCUAAAGGGUGUGACAGUGACAUUCAGAGGCGGGGAGAAGGUGGGAGUGGUCGGCCGCACGGGCAGCGGCAAAUCCACCCUCGUCGUCGCCCUCUUCCGAUUGGUCGAGCCGGUGGGUGGGAGAGUCAUGAUCGACGGCGUGGACAUCUCGACCAUCGGAUUGCAAGAUCUACGGUCCAGAUUGGCCAUCAUCCCGCAGGACCCGACCCUGUUCGAAGGCACGGUUCGGUCGAACCUGGACCCUCUGGGCCGGUACCAUUCCAGUUUGCUCUGGGAGGUGCUGGAGAAGUGCCAGCUGGCAGAGGCGGUAAUGGACAAAGAGGACAAGCUGGACGCCAUUGUGGUGGAGGGAGGGGAGAACUGGAGUGUGGGGCAACGGCAACUCUUCUGCCUCGCCAGAGCUCUGCUCAAGCGCUCUCGAAUCCUGGUGCUGGAUGAAGCAACCGCGUCCGUUGAUUCGGCCACCGACGCCAUCAUCCAACGGACCAUAAAGGAGAACUUCGCCCGGGCGACGGUGAUCACUGUAGCGCACCGCAUCCCCUCUGUGAUCGACUCCGAUAAAGUGCUCGUGCUGGAAGCAGCGCACCGCAUCCCCUCUGUGAUCGACUCCGAUAAAGUGCUUGUGCUGGAAGCAGGUGAGGGGGGGGCGUGUGUGCAUGUGUGUGUGGGGAAAGGAGGGAGGUGCGCUUAUGAAGCAUCCCAACACACUACAUCUAGAGCGUACCACAUCCCCUAUGUUAUCGGCUCUGAACAAGUGCUGGUGCUGGAAGCAGACUGUCUCUACUUGUCAUCUCCUCGAUUCACUCACCUCUCCCCACUCCUCUCCCUUUUUCUGUCACUCUCCCUCCUGGCCUAUUGUUCUAUUGCCCUCUUUCCUCUCCGCUUCCACCGCACUCCAACCCCCACUUCUCCUACCGCCCAUCAGCUCGCAGACAAUCAUUAG